AUGAAUCCGAUAUCAGUGUUUGGCGCUGCAGACGGUGCUCUGCGGCUUCUAGACUACUCAAGCAACAUCAUCAAGGCCGCAUUGAAAUCGAUCGAAUCCCCGGACGGAGUGCCCGUUAGUAUGAUUGAAAUGGAAACGGUAGCCGAAGGUCUCGCCGAAUCAAUCAAGCAACUAUACAGAGAUGCUGGCCAGGAAUGUGAUAAAACUCUCAUGGCUAUUUGUCGUUUAUCUUGCAAUAUCGCCCAAUUCUUCUUGACGGUGGCUGGAGCUUUCAAGCAAAGUGUACUAGGCGGUGAGCGGAAAAUGGUCUCAGACGUCCUCCGGGAAGUUGGAUGGGAACGGAGUAUGAAAGCCCUUCAAGGAAGAUUUUCUGAACUACAGCUUCGAUUCAAACGCCAGGUCGAAAUGGAGUCACAGAAUUGCAACCACCAUUCGCAAGUGGCCUUGGCCUCUAUGGCUGCAAAGGUCAUCAGUGCUGAAGACAAGAUGGAUUCUAAUGGGGCUUGUGCUAGAAGCGCAACCUCUAUUAUGGAUAAAGUCGGCGGAACCCCCUCGAAUACAAUGAUGCUAUCUUGGACUCUGGAAACAAGUCCAUCAAGACAGCUGGUAAAGGAGAACGCUCAAAUACUCCAUGAGGCGAUGGAAAAGCCUCGCACUGCAACACAUAUUGAUGCAUUCUCUAUUCAGAUGUUAUUGAUACGGCAAAAGUUGUCUUCAAAACAUGGAUAUUUGUUUGAUGGGAAGGUUGAAUAG